CUACCAUCAGGCGCUAUGAGACCUUGCAUUGGCGUCAGCGUCGCCGAACCCACACGGCGCCGGGCGCAGCGCCGGUACACCGAGAAGUACCUCACUCAGAAAAAUCAGUACGCGCGGGUGCGCGGGGUGCGGGUGCUGCUGGAGGUUGACGCGCCGGCGCACUGCUCGGCGGGCUGGACGUGGGGCGAGGCGGCCGGGCUGGGCGCGCUGGUGCUGUGCGCCGCCAAGCAGCCGUGGCGCAGCUACUGCAUCCAGCCGCCCUGUGGCCAGCUCAACCCGGCCAACCCGUCCGUCUACGCCGUGCUGGGCGCCGUGUACAGGGACCUGCUGCACGCCCUGCCGCCGGGCGAGUUCUUCCACCAGGGCGGCGACGAGGUGUUCCUGCCGUGCUGGAACGCCUCCAGCGAGGUGACGGACUACCUGGCCGCGACGGGGCGCGGGCGCGCCGAGGCCGACUUCCUGAGCUUGUGGGCCGAGUUCCACGCCAGGUCGCUGGCCGCGCUGGACGAGGCGGCGGGCCGCGCCGACACUCCCGUCGUGCUCUGGAGCUCGCACCUCACGCGCCCGCCCCACGUCGACGGCUACCUCGACAAGAGCCGGUACGUGAUCGAGACGUGGACGGAAGCCGGCGACGCCCUCCCGGACCAGCUGCUGAGCCGCGGCUACCGCAUCAUCAUGGCCGCCAAGGACGCCUGGUACCUGGACCACGGCUGGUGGGGCCGCACGGCCUACCGGUCCUGGAGGACGGUCCGCGACCGCCGCCUGCCGUCCGCCAAGGGCAAGGCCGGCGCCGUGCUCGGCGGCGAGGCGGCGCUCUGGGGCGAGCUCACCGACGCCACCACCCUGGACGCCAAGCUGUGGCCCCGCGCCGCCGCCCUGGCCGAGCGCCUGUGGGCCGACCCCGCCGAGCCCAGCUCCGCCCCGGGGGUGGAGGCGCGCUUCCUCGCGCACCGCGAGCGACUCCUCGGCCUCGGGGUGCGCGCCGAGGCCGUGGCGCCGCAGUGGUGCCAGCUGCGGGACGGCGAGUGCACCUGAGAGGCUGGCGCCCACCGAGUACCUGAACGUGCUUUAAUCUGUGAUUUAGUAGUUAUAUAAGAUGAGGACUUGAUUCUUUUCAAUCUAAUCUUAAGAAAGAAAAGUAAACAAAUUUGUCGCGGAACCGAAAACUGGUGAUAAGUUGCACCAAGAAAAUAAGAAAAACGAAACCUAUUUCAUACCCCAUCCGAUUUAAUGGAAUACAUGGCCUGCGCUUACCAAAAUGUUUGGUAUGUUCCAAUAAAGAUCAAAAUUAAAACAAUAUUUAUAUUUAAAAGAUAACAAAUUUAUAAAGUGUUUACACCACCCAUUAUGUUCACUGGACGUCCCUUAUAUUUCUUCGAAAUAUCUUCUUCAAUCUGCAAUCAAAUUUUAUAAAUGAGUAAAAUUUACAUCAUUAUUAAAACUGUUGGUUCUUUUCAUAACCAUCUUACCUGA